CCCAGCCUUUGGUUAAGCUCCAAAACAAAGGAAGGGGAAUUUUAUUAAUAAAUCAAAGAUCAAAACCCAUUUCGAAAUCGUUUCAUACAGAUAAUCAAUAGAUUCCUCAUCCGAUCUGAUCGAGCUAGGGUUUUGAAUCCGAAUCGAUGAGUCAUAUACAGGUUCGAGAUUUAUAAACCAGAUCGAGAUCGGAGAUAGUAGCUCGCUAGCUAGAUCUGAGAUCGGCGGCGGCGGCGGCCGGAAAAUGGGGCGGGGGAGAGUGGAGCUGAAGAGGAUCGAGAACAAGAUAAACAGGCAGGUGACGUUCGCCAAGAGGAGAAACGGAUUGCUGAAGAAGGCGUACGAGCUCUCCGUGCUCUGCGAUGCAGAGGUCGCGCUCAUCGUCUUCUCCAACAGGGGAAAACUCUACGAGUUCUGCAGCAAUUCCAACAGCAUGCUCAAAACUCUGGAAAGAUAUCAAAAAUGCAGUUAUGGUACACUGGAAGUUAAUCGCCCAAACAGAGACAAUGAGCAAAGUAGCUACAAGGAAUACUUAAAACUGAAGGGCAAAUACGAGUCACUACAACGGUACCAAAGACAUCUUCUUGGGGAGGACUUGGGGCCCCUAAGUAUAGAUGAGAUUGAGCACCUUGAGCAUCAGCUGGAUACGUCGCUGAAACAUAUUAGGUCUACCAGGACUCAAAUGAUGCUUGACCAGCUAUCUGAUCUUCAAACGAAGGAAAAGCUUUGGUUGGAGGCUAAUAAAACUCUUGAGUCAAAGCUUGAAGAAAUAUAUGUGGAAAAUAACAUUCAACAGCAAUGGGGUGACCAAAGUGGUGCAUACGACCACCACCAUCACCAUACGGCAGAUCAUCACCAUCAUCAUGAUCACGUUCCUCAUCAUCCUUUCUUCCAGCCCUUGGACUGUGAUUCCACUUUGCAUAUCGGGUUCAAUCCGGUAGCUGCUGCUACAUCCACCCAAAUAACAGCAGCAAGUAACGCACAAAAUGUCAACGCUGUGCUCCCCGGAUGGAUGCUUUGACAUGCAUAUAUAUGAUCACAGAAUUUGAUCAGAAUUGAUGACGAAGAAGAAGAACAAGCUAAGGUUCAUUCAUCAUUCUCACAAUUAAGGGAUGCAUAUAUAUAUAUAUAUAUAUAUAUAUAUAUAUAUGUUAUAUAUAUACACAUACACACCAUAAAUGUGCAUGCCAUGCAUCAUAUCAUAAUCAUAUCAUGUGUGAAAAAGCAUGAGGACCUCAUCAAUUAUCAAUCUGCAAUAAGCACUCCGAUCCCUUCAUCAAUCUUGAUUGAUUGGCCGGCGUCCUGGACUAUAUUAUAUUAGAGAACUACUCUAGCUACUGUAUUUAAUUUGUGUGUGUGUUCAAUUUUCUUAUAUGCUUAUAUUAUUGUACAAUAAGAUAAUGUAUCUUGU